GCAAGUUUGAUUUCAAAUCGAACCCCUCCUUGACCAAGGAGGGGUUCGAGGAGGGUUCGAUUUGAAAUCAAACUUGCCUUAUUACCACACAGACGAGUAUCUCCACGUUUGAAUUGCUGACCAAUUUCCACACGAAGCCUCCUUAUAUUGCGGCCACUAUCUCGAAGUUAGAAAGCAGUAAGCAAACGAAAGUAAUCAAACGAAUUUACAUCAUCAUGGCUCCUCAAACUGUCGUUCUCAUCACCGGCGCCGGCAGAGGCAUCGGAAAGUCUCUAGCAGCUGCCUAUCUCUUGCAGCCGGAUCACAUUGUCAUUGGGACUGUUCGUGAUCCCAAGGCUCCGCAGGCGGAGGAACUCAAGAGUUUGCCCGCAGGAAGCGGCUCACGUAUCCUCCUUGUCGGUAUCGAAAACACGAGCCUUACGGAUCCGAAGAGCGCCGUCGAGAGCAUUGAGGUUGCCGGAGUCGAUCAUAUCGAUAUCGUCAUCGCCAACUCUGGUGUCUCCAUUGGCGCCGGUCCCCUAGAAACCGCUGAUCCCAAGGCCUUCGUUGAUAGUUUCAACAUCAACGUCUUGUCCAGCGUUGUGCUAUUCCAGGCAGUGAACAAGCUGCUCACAAAGUCAAGCGCCCCGAAGUGGGUUACAGUCUCGAGCCGUGGCGGUUCCACCGCCGCUCCACUGCCUUGGUACUCGUACGCGGCUGCUUAUUGCAUGUCAAAAGCCUCUCUCAACUGGUUUUCACAGACUCUCCAUGUUUCGAACGCGUCUCUUACCGCUUUUGCUAUUCAUCCGGGAUUCGUCUUGACAGACAUGGGAAUCGCGGCAGCCACUGGUGCUGGCAUCGACCUGCCCGUCACCAAGGGCGAGGAGAGUGCCAAGAAUAUCAUUGAUCUCAUUAGCUCGGCAACACGGGAGACUCUUUCAGGGAAGUUCAUCGAUGUUGACACGCGUGAAGAGAUCCCUUGGUAAAAACUGGCGAUAUGGUCUACGGUCAGCGUAAACAGAAGAAUACAAUCUUGCUUUGCGACUCUUA